AUGCAACAACAAACUAAGCCAAUCGACAUUGUAUGCUCAACUAACUGGGAAUUAUCUCCAUACCAUGUACCACUUAUUAUUGCAAAAUAUAAGGGAUACUUCAAGGAUGAAAACCUCAGAGUUGCUACCAUUCACCCAGAGGAUGUAUCAGAUGUCACUGAAAUCGUCGGCUCUGGUAAAGCAGACCUCGGUUUAAAGGCAAUGAUUCACACACUCGCUGGUAAAGCACGUGGUUAUCCUGUCAAGAGUAUUGGUACCCUCAUGGAUGAGCCAUUCACUGGUUUACUCUACCUUGAAGGAAAUGGUGUCACUGAAGACUUCAGAUCCCUCAAAGGAAAGAAAAUUGGUUAUGUUGGCGAAUUCGGUAAAGUUCAAGUAGCAGAACUCGCUCAAGCGUACGGCAUGGGUGAAGAUGAGUACGAAGCUGUUAGAUGUGGAAUGAACAUCUCAAAGGCACUCAUCGACGGCAAAAUCCAUGCUGGUAUUGGUCUCGAGAACAUGCAACAAGUAGAGCUUGAAGAGUGGUGCAAAGCUAAUGGACGUCCAGCUAGUGACGUUAAAAUGCUUCGUAUUGACCAACUCGCCGAACUUGGAUGCUGCUGCUUCUGUUCAAUUCUUUACAUUGGUAAUGAAGCAUGGCUCGAAGCCCAUCCAAAUGAAGCUCGUGGCUUCAUGAAAGCCGUCAAGAGAGCUGCUGAUGAUCUCAUCAAAGAUCCUAAAGGCACUUGGGAGCUCUUCCAAGAGCAUAAGCCUUCAAUGAGAACAACUCUCGCUUCUUUACAAUACGCCAGAUCAUACAACUACAUGCGUUCAGAUUUGGCAAACGUCGACCGUGACUGGAAGAAGGUCACUGGCUACGCCCAACGUCUUGGUAUCUUCCCUCAAGAUUUGAAGCCAAACUACACCAACGAGUAUCUCACUUGGGAACUCGACGACGAAGAGAAAGUCGACGGUAACGCUAAGCAAAUUGAAAUGGUCAAGAAGCAAGCAGAAGUUGCCCAAAGUGGUGGUGUCUUAGUCGACGCAACCGCCUAA